AACAUUUCCAAACCUAAUUCGAAGUAUUAAAGUACCCCUGCCCUGACUAAAAACCUCAGAGCACUCCGAUCCAAAAAAAAAAGAAAAGAGAAAAAAACCUUGCACACAGCUAAAAACGAUGUCGUCGCUCUCCCGCUUUCUCCUCCGUAGCACCUUCAGCUUCAGCACUCCCACAAACCGCCGCUUUUUCUCCGCCGUUACCGCAGCUGCAACAACAACCUCGCCACCCAAACCUUCAUCCCUCAUCACUCUCGUAAAUGACGAACGUGACCCCAAAUUCAUCACGGAGAAGUUCAAGAAGGCUUGCGAAGUAGAGUGGUUCCGGAAGAAUAUAGCCGUCUAUGAGAGAACCGUUCGCCGUCUCGCCGCAGCCAAGAAGUUUGAGUGGAUCGAGGAGAUCCUGGAGGAGCAAAACAAGUACCCAAACAUGUCAAAGGAAGGAUUCGUGGCCAGGAUUAUCAAUCUCUAUGGACGAGUUGGUAUGUUUGAGAAUGCGCAGAAGGUGUUCGACGAAAUGCCUGAGAGAAACUGUAAGGGAACAGUGUUGUCAUUCAACGCUUUGCUUAAUGCGUGUGUGAACUCUAAGAAGUUCGAUUUGGUUGAAGAACUCUUCAAGGAGUUGCCUGGUAAGCUCUCGAUUGAACCAGAUGUUGCAUCUUACAAUACUUUGAUCAAAGGAUUGUGUGGAAAAGGUUCCUUUACUGAAGCUGUUGCUUUGAUUGAUGAGAUUGAGAACAAGGGAUUGAAACCUGAUCAUAUCACCUUCAACAUACUAUUACAUGAGUCGUAUACAAAAGGGAAGAUCCAGGAGGGAGAAAAGAUAUGGGCUAGAAUGGGAGAGAAGAAGGUUAGGAGAGACGUCCGUAGUUACAAUGCUCGGUUGUUAGGAUUAGCCACAGAGAUGAAAUCAGAUGAGAUGGUUAAUCUAUUUGACGAACUUAAGGUUAAUGGGAUUAAACCCGAUGUUUUCACAUACACUGCCAUGAUUAAAGGAAGCGUCGGUGAAGGAAAACUUGAUGAAGCCAUAACGUGGUACAAGGAGAUUGAGAAGAAUGGUCUGCGUCCGAUGAAAUUCAUCUUUACCUCACUACUUCCCGCAAUGUGCAAGGCGGGAGAUUUAGAGUCUGCUUAUGAGCUCUGCAAGGAGAUAUUCAGUAAGCGUUUACUUGUCGAUGGAGCCAUCUUGCAGGAGGUAGUUGAUGAAUUGGUGAAAGGGUCUAAGCAAGAUGAAGCUGAAGAGAUCGUCGAGCUUGCAAAGACGAAUGACUAUUUGCAGUGCAAGCUACGUCUCUCUUCCGAAGAGUAGUGUUCGUUCAUUGGCUUUUUAGUGUGUCUUAUUAGUCCAUGUUUCCUCUCUUUAGUGUCUUGUUUCAAACUGCGACUUGCGAGUGAGGUGAUUGAAUAACAGAACUAUCUGUAGCUUUGUCGUUUUUGUUUGUGUGGCCUUUAAAAGUUGAAAAUUUUUCCCUU